UGCCCACUCUGCGGUCGUCCUCCUCCCCGCUGAGUACAGCCACGGGCGGCUCCCACGCCUGGUCGUUUUCUCCUGGCUCCUCCACCCCCCAGCCCUGCGAUGACAGAGACUCGGACCAGACCUCGCAGGGGAACAGUGACUCCUUGUCAGCUGAUGAAGGCAGUGACUUUGAAGACAGUCUGAGACGCACUGUGAAGAAGAGAACAGCAAAGCGGCCACUCAGAACAACUCCAGCAGCAAAACAUCCAAAGAAGGGGUCCCAGAUGGUACAUGGUCAUGGUCAGAAAGAGUCAAAGCCACCAGCCUGUGAUCUCUUUGAUGCUGUGAAAGCUGCCAGAGGUGAUAUGCAGUCUUUGGUGGAUGAGUGGCUCGAAAGCUACAAGCAAGACCAGGAUGCAGGAUUCCUGGAGCUCAUUAACUUUUUCAUCAGAUCUUGUGGAUGUAAAGGCAUCGUGACCCCUGAGAUGUUCAAGAAGAUGACCAAUUCAGAGAUCAUCCGGCAUCUAACAGAACAGUUUAAUGAGGAUUCAGGGGACUACCCCCUGAUAACUCCAGGUCCAUUGUGGAAGAGGUUCCAGGGCAGCUUCUGUGAGUUUGUGAGGGCUUUGGUGUAUCAGUGCCAGUAUAGCCUCCUCUAUGAUGGCUUUCCUAUGGACAAUCUCAUCUCCCUGCUCACUGGCCUCUCAGACUCCCAAGUCCGUGCCUUCCGUCAUACUAGCACCCUGGCUGCUAUGAAGCUAAUGACUUCUCUGGUAAGAGUUGCCCUCCAGUUGAGUCUGCACAAAGACAACAACCAGCGUCAGUAUGAUGCUGAACGAAACAAGGGUCCAGGGCAGAGAUCGCCUGAGCGACUAGAGAGCCUGUUGGAGAAGCGCAAAGAACUCCAAGAGCAGCAAGAGGACAUUGAGGGGAUGAUGAACGCACUCUUCAGGGGGGUCUUUGUGCAUCGGUACAGGGACAUCCUUCCUGAGAUCCGUGCUAUCUGCAUCGAGGAAAUUGGGUGUUGGAUGCAGAGCUACAGUGCUUCUUUUCUCACUGACAGCUACUUAAAAUACAUUGGCUGGACCCUGCAUGAUAAGCACCGGGAAGUGCGUCUGAAGUGCCUGAAGGCCCUGAAAGGGCUGUACAGCAACCGGGAGCUGACUGGGCGCCUGGAGCUCUUCACCAGCCGCUUCAAGGACCGGAUGGUUUCCAUGGUCAUGGACAAAGAGUAUGACGUGGCAGUGGAGGCCGUCAGAUUGCUGAUUCUUAUCCUUAAGAACAUGGAAGGGAUGCUGACAGACAUGGACUGUGAGAGCAUCUACCCUGUUGUGUACGCCUCCAACCGAGCCCUGGCCUCUGCCGCUGGAGAGUUUCUGUACUGGAAGCUGUUCUACCCCGAGUGUGAGGUGAGAGCAGUGAGUGUCAGAGAGCGACACCGAAGUCCACAUGCCCGGAGGACUUUCUUCCACCUUCUGCUGUCCUUCUUUGUGGAGAGUGAGCUCCAUGACCAUGCUACCUACCUAGUGGACAGCCUGUGGGACUGUGCGGGGGCUAGGCUGAAGGACUGGGAGAGUAUGACAGGCCUGCUGCUGGAGAAGGACCAGAGCCUGGGCGACGUGCAGGAGAGCACACUGAUAGAGAUCCUUGUGUCCAGUGCCCGGCAGGCUGCUGAGGGUCACCCGCCUGUGGGGCGGGUCACUGGGAGGAAGGGCCUGACUGCUAAAGAGCGUAAGCUCCAGGCUGAUGACAAGGUGAAGCUGACUGAACACCUCAUCCCCCUGCUGCCUCCACUCCUGGCCAAGUUCUCAGCUGAUGCCGAGAAGGUCGCACCCCUGCUGCAGCUUCUCAACUAUUUUGACCUCAACAUCUACUGCACCCGGCGCUUGGAGAGGCACUUGGAGCUGCUGUUGGAGCAGCUGCAGGAGGUGGUGGUGAAGCACGCAGAGCCCGCGGUGCUCGAGGCUGCUGCUCACGCCCUCUGCCUGCUCUGCAACCCCGAGUUCACCUUCUUCAGCCGGGUGGACUUUGCCCGUAGCCAGCUCAUGGAUCUGCUGACUGACCGCUUCCAGCAGGAGCUCAACGAACUGCUGCAGUCGUCCAUCCUUGAUGAGGAUGAGGUGUACAGCCUGGCAGCCACGCUGAAGCGUCUCUCUGCCUUCUAUAACGCUCAUGAUCUAACUCGCUGGGAGCUCUAUGAGCCAUGCUACCGACUCCUCCGGAAGGCCGUGGACACAGGAGAGGUUCCACACCAGGUGAUCUUGCCAGCCUUGACUCUUGUCUACUUUUCCAUUCUCUGGACACUGACCCACCUUUCUGAACCAGGUACUUCCCAGGAGCAGCUGCUGAGUCUGAAGGGCAGAAUGGUGGCCUUCUGUGAGCUCUGCCAGAGCUGCCUCUCCGAUGUGGAUCCUGAGAUCCAGGAGCAGGCUUUUGUCUUACUAAGUGAUCUGCUCCUCAUCUUUAGCCCUCAAAUGAUUGUAGGGGGACGUGAGUUCCUUAGGCCCCUUAUCUUUGUUCCUGAAGCCACUCUCCAGUCUGAACUAGCCAGCUUCCUCAUGGAUCAUGUCUUCAGCCAGCCAGGAGACCUGGGCAGUGGUCACUCCCAGGAGGAUCAUUUACAGAUAGAGCAGCUGCACCAGCGGCGCCGCCUCCUGGCCGGAUUCUGCAAACUGUUGCUUUAUGGGGUGCUGGAGAUGGAUGCAGCCUCAGAUAUUUUCAAACACUACAACAAGUUCUACAAUGACUAUGGUGAUAUUAUCAAGGAAACAUUAACCAGAGCAAGGCAGAUUGACCGAAGCCAUUGUUCCCAAAUCCUGUUGCUGAGCCUCAAGCAGCUGUACACAGAACUGCUGCAAGAACACGGGCCUCAGGGCCUGAGUGAGUUACCAGCCUUCAUCGAGAUGAGGGACCUGGCCCGGAGGUUUGCCUUGAGCUUUGGACCCCAGCAGCUGCAGAACCGUGACCUUGUUGUCAUGCUACACAAGGACGGCAUCAAGUUCGCCUUGUCAGAGCUUCCUCCAGCUGGCUCCUCCAGUCAGCCCCCCAAUUUGCCAUUCCUGGAGCUCCUUUCGGAGUUCUCCCCCCGUCUCUUCCAUCAGGACAAGCGGUUGCUACUGUCCUACCUGGAAAAGUGUCUGCAGCGUUUGUCCCAGGCACCUGCCCAUCCCUGGGGUCCAGUCACCACCUACUGCCACUCCCUCAGUCCUGCAGAGAACGCGCCUGAGGCCAGCCCUCAGGGCCUCCCCCGCUCCAAGAGGCGGCGCAUUGAAGGCCCCUCCAGACACAGCAGGGAGGGUGUCUUCUCCCAGGAAGAAAGCCUGCAGCUGAACAGCAUCCCACCCACACCCACCCUCACCUCUACAGUGGCGAAGAGCAGACAGCCCCUGGCUCGGUUGGAAGAAAUGGAAUCGGAGUUCACUCAGGGCCAGCUCCUGCCAGGUGGCCAGCAGUCCAGGUCCUUGAGUUCACAGUAUUUGCAUGCUCCACACAAGCCUCCCGGUCCUGGUUUGGGCAGCCGGCUGACCCAACUGAGCCUCGUGGAGGACAGCCAGGAAGAACAGUUAGGCAUUCUGGAGGAGUCGAGCGAAGAGCGGCAGGACAGAGACAAGCAACCAAAUGGCCGCUCUUCCCCCAGUGAACACGGGCUGGACCUCCUAGAUACCACAGAGCUGAAUAUCGAGGAUUUCUGACAUGACUCUGGGGCCCUCCCCACCUCAAGGACAUGGCCAUCUGGGAAAAGCAAACAGGAGGAAAGAGCAAAUGACACAUCCUGCCAGCCCAGCCCUGGCCACUGCAGGGCCAGAGAAGUGGGCUUUGCCUUUCUAGCUGACCUUUCUCUCUGGAAGAGAAGCUGCGUGCCCCUGUCCUGAUGCACAUGGCUCUGUUCUCUGCCUGUUUGCUGCUGUUUGGUGGGGGGAGUGGUAGCUGUCUGUGUUUGAUAGAAAGAGCCCCAAGUCUCCUUGUAUUUUUGGAACAUCUUUCCUAGCCUUUUUUUGCCUAGUGACUAGUUCAAUAAACACUUCGACCAGCCAGGGUGUGGCCUGAGAUUGUUAAA